AACCAAUCCUCACUUUCUCCAUAACUUGAAGCCAUCUCCUCUUCCAGUUUUCUCAUUCUAGCUGGCCAGCUUCUUCGGUUAAUUAAUCAGCAAGUUAUAUAUUCAUUUCUUGACUUAGUCUCAGAAAAAAAUGGCCAAGAAUGUAGCUCAGGCUCAGGCUCAGUCCCCUCUUGAGAAAAAUAGCUUGGCUUCAUUAGACCAAAAGCUGGCCAUGGCAAAGCGUUGCUCUCAUGAAGGUGUACUUGCUGGAGCUAAAGCAGCUGCUGUUGCUACCGUUGCCACUGCCAUUCCAACUCUGGCUAGUGCAAGAAUGCUGCCUUGGGCAAAAGCCCAUCUCAACCACACUGCUCAAGCUCUCAUAAUCUCUACAGUUGCUGGAGCAGCAUAUUUUAUAGUUGCUGACAAGACUGUCCUGGCUACUGCAAGAAGGAACUCCUUCAACAAGAAUUCUAACAUUGAUGCGUGACUCCAUGGAUAUGGACUUCAAUUUAUGUCCUAUUUUUAUUAUCUACUACUCUAAGCAGCUCUGUAAAUUAAUCCAUCAUCAUUUAACGUAUAAAUAAAGUAGGGUUGUCAUUUUAAGAGCA